AUGGCAGAUCUUUCGAUAGUACAUGGGUUGGGAGAACCGCCCCUCUGGCCCAAGAGGCUUGGAGAUCUGAUCGAGGAUCAAGCUACCAGCUUCGGCGACCGUAUUGCUGUGGUGACACCAUGGCAGAAGAUGAGACUUUCUUUCAGAGAUUUGGCUAAGAGUAGCAAGAUUCUUGCCAAUGCCAUGGUUCGAGCCGGCGUGCGACUCGGUGAUUGUGUUGCAGUUCUGGCAGGGAACCGAUACGAGUAUAUCCAGGUGUUUUUGGCAGGGGGAAGAAUCGGAUGUCCGGUACUACCGAUUAAUAACGCUUAUACACCAGUGGAAGUCUUGAGAGCCUUACAGAGAAGUUCGUGUAAGUUACUUUUCAUCGCCUCCAAUAUAGGCCCGCGUCAUUUGUCGACUCACCUUCAGCUCCUCACCUCCUCAUCAUCGGAGAGUACCCUCCCUGAUCUUUCUGGGAUCGUUGGCUUCGACGUCUCUCAAAAGGACCAAGAUAUACGCAUUCAAGCAUAUCGGGAAUUCUUAGCUUCCGGGGAGAUGAACGAAGACGACGACGGCAUUUUAUUGGAAGCGGCCCAACGUAUAGUGCGACCUUCGGACAGCCUCAGCUAUCAAUUUACUUCUGGCACAAGUGGAGAGCCGAAACUAUCUAUGCUGUCACAUCGCGGUCUCGUCAAUAACGCGCGUCUCGUCGGCGACGCAAUGCGCCUGACUCCGGAGGAUGUAGUGUGCUGUCCGCCGCCAUUAUUCCACACAUUCGGACUGGUGCUCGGCUUCCUCAAUGCAUUCACCCACGGCUGCGCUAUCGUCUUCCCGUCAGAUAUUUUUGACGCUGAGCAGGUUAUCGAUGCGGUCUCUAAGGAGAAGGCGACCGCGUUACUUGGCGUGCCCACUAUGUUCGUGGCCGAACUAGAAGUCUGCGAGUACAAAAUGCUGGAGAUCACGACGGUCCGAACUGGGCUUGCGGCUGGCUCGCCUGUGUCGGAGACGCUUCUUAGCCGAUUGGAAGACAAAUUUGGUGUCAAAGGCAUGCUGAUUGCUUACGGAAUGACUGAGACCAGCCCUGUGACUUUUAUGACUUCGCUUGAUGAUCCCAGGGGCAAGGCAAUGACCAGUCUGGGCAGAGUUCUUCCUCAUACCUCUGCUAAAAUCGUCGAUGAGAAUGGCUCCAUUGUGCGGCGUGGAGAGAAGGGUGAACUUUGUACAAGCGGGUAUGGUUUGCAGACAGGGUACUAUAAUAAUGAAGCGAAGACCAAGGAGGCAAUGCGACAGGAUACAGAGGGAAUAUUGUGGAUGCAUACCGGGGAUCAGUGCUACCUCGACGCCGAGGGCUACUGCCACAUCAGCGGCCGGAUCAAGGAUAUCAUUAUUCGAGGCGGAGAAAAUAUGUUUCCGCUCGAGAUCGAAGAGCGACUGUUACUUCAUUCGGCCAUAAGUGAGGCCAGUGUUGUUGGAGUUGCCGAUCAUAAAUAUGGCCAAGUGGUUGGUGCCUUCUUGAAAUUGGCCACGAACCAAGUCAAACCUCGGGAUCAAGAAGUGAGGGACUGGGUUCGUGCAGAACUGAGCUGGCAUAAGGCUCCUCAGCACAUCUUUUGGGUUGGCGAGGGAGGGGUCUGUCCGGACUUCCCCAAGACUGCCAGUGGCAAGCAUCAAAAGCAUGUCAUGGAAGAAAUUGCUAACAAGUCUCUCUUUGGGUCUCCAUUUGCGAUCAAGGACUUCCCCGCCCGCUGGGGAUAUUCGAUUUUCGGUCUGUCGAUCUGCUUGAUUCCAAUGGCAUUGUAUCUGUCAAUAGUAGCAUGA